GCCGGAAGUGUUUGGCGGCUGUUCCGCAUUGACUCGCGUCCCACAAACUUAGAUCGCGCGAGACAAGCGCGCGCGCGCGCGCGCCAAGUUCCGAAAUUUCGUGCGGGAGAAAAUUUUCGAAGAGAAAAGUCGUGAGCCUGAGCAAAUUGUGAUAUUUUCGCCGCGGUGUUUUUUUCCCGAAAACUUGCGCAAUUGACCGCGCGCCGAAGCGGCGCACGCACUUGACUUGGUUCUCCAGAAAGUUACUUCACGCGGGGAGACAUAAAAGAAAUACAGCUUUGAACUCCGUACGAAAAAAACUCGUAACUUUUUAUUCAAGAAAGUAUAAAAAAAAAAAAAAAAAAAGAAGACAAUUACGGAGAGAAAGUCUCGUGCAUCGAUCGAGCGCUUUGAUCAAAGAUAAAAAAGAUAAAGGCUCGACUACAAUCUCGAUGAAUAGAAGGAACGUCUAGAUGUGCUAACGAACACUUCAAGUUACUUCGCCAAGUUACGCUAAGGGGAUCUUUCUCUCUCUUUCUUUCUCUCUUUCUCUCUCUCUCUCUCUCUCGGACUGGUCCGCGAAGAAUCGCGGGGUAGCUUUCGGAGGAGCUGACGUCAUCGAAAAUAAACAAGUAGAUCGAGGAUUCGCGGGGGUGGUGGGUAUUAUGUCCCAAGGCUAGACGAAAGAAACCGAACAGCAGCGGCAGCAGUCAGAGAAGAAGAAGAAGAAAGCAAAGGAAGAGGAAGAGGAAGCGGGGGAGAGUGAAAAGACGUUAGAGGGAGCAUUGAGAGCGAGAAGGACGAGAAGGAGAGAAGCAGAAACCUUCGGAAGCUUCGAGGCUCGGGCCUCGGGGUUAUUACGAGAGGCAGGCGAGAUAGGAUUUCGAUCGAGGCACUUUCGGGCCGCGGCGGUUAGGAACCGAUUAAUGCGAUCGGCUUUAAUUAGCGAUCGAGUAUUUCGCAGUCGUAACUCGCUUUUGAGUCUUCUGACAAUCCCGCGUGAUUCCUAACGUUUGCUAAUUGAGACGUCGUCGUCAUCGUUGUCGUCGUUGUCGUCGUCGUCGUCAGUAAAUCGAAUUCUCCAUCUCGAUGCUAUCUCAAGAUACUCUCGGUGUCAUUCGUCAAUGAUGACGAGCGUCGCUUUCGCCGAAACUGUUAUCGACUGAUUGAUCGGACUGUCGGAUUCUCUGACGAGGGAUUGAUCUCUCAAGUAUUGUAAGUCGAACGGAGGUGGACGAUGUUCGAUAGAACCACGUAAGGAUCACGCGUGCCUGUUUCUUUUCGCUUUUCUUUCAACGAGGGAUUCUGGAGAAGGAGCUAAGAUGUGCGUUAGAUCUUUACUGCUAUGCGUCCUCGGUAUCGUCGCUAUCGUCAACGAAUCCGAAGCCAGUUGGGAGGAAUGGUGGACCUACGACGGCAUCUCUGGACCAUCGUUCUGGGGUUUGAUAAAUCCGCAGUGGUCUCUGUGCAGCAAAGGAAGGCGGCAAAGUCCUAUCAACAUCGACCCGAAUAAGUUGCUCUUCGAUCGUCACUUGAGACCGGUGCACGUCGACAAACACAGGAUUUCCGGACACUUGCAAAAUACCGGACAGUUUUUGGUGUUUAGAGCGGACAGGGAAGCGAAGAUACGCGUUAACAUAACGGGCGGCCCGCUCGCUUAUCAUUAUCAGUUCGAAGAAAUAUAUAUUCAUUACGGACUGGACAACGCUCACGGUUCCGAACAUCAAAUCAACAACUACGCUUUUCCCGCCGAGAUCCAGGUCUACGGCUACAACGCCGAACUGUAUCACAACAUGAGCGAAGCGCAGCAUAAAAGUCAAGGGCUGGUGGCGAUCUCGUUAAUGGUGCAGGUGAGUGAAUUUUUCAUCGAGCGAGACACCGCACCCGUUCGAUAUCUGUCUCUGAAAAGUCUUCUUCCGGACACCACCGCCUAUAUGACUUACGAGGGCAGCACGACGCAUCCCGGUUGUUGGGAGACGGCGGUGUGGUUGAUACUCAACAAACCGAUUUACAUCACGGCACGGGAGCUGUACGCCCUAAGGAAAUUAAUGCAGGGCUCCGCCGUCACACCGAAAGCGCCUCUCGGUAACAAUUCCAGACCGCUGCAGGAUCUUCAUUACAGAACCGUGCGAACAAAUAUCGAUUUUGCGAAGCGAGGAAACGCCAAGUGUCCGUCGAUGGCCCAGGACAUGCAUUAUAGAGAUGACUUUUUCCUUCCAGCCAACACGUGGCGGGACGGCGCCUGAGGAGACUCCGGGGGCAUCCUGCGACAGGACCACGAAAGAAGACUAUUUCUCAAAGUGCGGAACGAGUUUUUGUGUAACGUAAUAAUAAUACAGAGAAGAAGAGUGACGAGAAGUAAGAGAAAGAGCUAAUUCCUAACGGCAAGAUUUUUGUCGUGGCUGUGUGCGAAGGACGUAAAAAACAAAAAAAGAAACAAAAAAUGUUGAAUUGUUGUAAAUCUCGACGCAAAAUAAACCGUAGCGCGUUUCCUACGUUUCUUGAAACGAAACAAACGUACUUACCGUGUGUUAUAAAAAAAAAAAAAAAAAAAGAAGAUGUAUGUUUAAUUUGUAGAUAAGUUUGUCACGUUGUAAAUCAAAAAGUUUGUUUUAUUCUUCUCGGAGUAGCAAAGUCUCAGAGUCACGUGUUGCUACAGCAUUAAAUGUAAUUCCUCGCGAUCACACGACAGUGAUGUCAAAGGAGCUUUAAGUGUCUUGCUGUGGGAUACGAGAGUUUUGCGUUUAGAUCUUAAUUAAUUAACGUUUGUAACAUCUGCGCGUUGAAAAUUGUAACCAGUUAUCAUUAUGAUCAGAUGGGAGGAGGUGCGCAGAGAAGUAAUGUUGUCACGCAGGAAAGGCAACUGCGACGUAAUUUUGUAAAAAAUGGACAAUAGCGCUUUCAGCCGACGAAUGAUGAUUCCUAUAUGUAGCGAAAAAGAUAGGCGCGUUGCUCUUUAAAGUAAGAAAACUUUUUUUAAAAAAAAAAAAAAAAGCCCAUGUGUCCAUCGCUGAUAAUUGCACAGACGAUCGCUCUGUUUUCGCGCGUAAAAGAAAAAAAACAAAAUAAAAUACAAAAAAAAAAAAAAAAAAAAAAAAAAAAAAAAAAAAAAAAAAAAACAAAUCAAUCAAGUUGAGAGAAUAAAAACGACCGCUUUGAUGAUUAAUCCCGAGUUUUGUAAAUCGGCCGUUAGAUCAUUUGACAGGUUCUUUGUCAAUUAUUCGCUGGCCAAUGGCGAUACAACACGGCGAACGAUGUAAAGGCGAAAACCGACGUUAAACCGAGGGAAAGGGAAGAUGGGAUGGGGGAAAUGAAGCGGAAGCGCGGGAAGAAAACGAGACGAUCGUGAUGGAUCUCGGGAGAAGAUAGAGAAGAAGAAAUAGCCGUGGUAUCGGCGGUGGUGC